GCGUUAUCUUUUGCCAAGAUGGGCUUCAAGGUAUCAGUGUACGAAGCAAGACCAGACAUCCGCCAUUCAUCUUCUAGAGCUGCUUUUCAACGCCGAUCUGUGAAUCUUGCUAUCUCGUCUCGUGGGCUCGCGGCGCUGGGGUUUGUGGAUCCAGCUAUCGCUGCACGCUUCUUGGAAACAGCCAUACCCAUGCCAGGCCGCAUUGUGCAUCCUGAGCAUGGCGAAGCCCAAUUCCAACCCUACGACCUCAAUGGCAAGCACAUAAACUCUAUAGACAGGAUGCUUUUGAAUGAAGAACUUUUGAACGAGCUUUUGGCUUUCGAAGAUAUAUCUGUGCAUUUCCAACAUAAGAUGGUGGCUGCAGACUAUAAUGCCCGCACGCUUGUGAUAGACGAUUCAUCAUCUGGAGAAUCGCUGCGAAAAACUGUCACAUUUGAUCUUUGCAUCGGAGCUGAUGGCAGCUUCUCCAACGUCAGGCGCCAGCUCAUGCGCGUAUUACCCAUGGACUUUCAGCAGACAUAUAUUCCACACGAGUACAUCGAGCUACGGAUGCCUCCGCUGGCAGUUUCCACCUCUCAGGACAGUCCUCAAUAUCGCAUCGACCCUCAUGGGUUGCAUAUCUGGCCCCGUCACUCUUUCAUGCUCAUAGCACUUCCGAACAAAGAUGGAUCGUUCACUUGCACACUGUUUGCGCCACGUUCUGAACUUUCUCUUCUGCGAGACUGCAAUAAAAUUAUAUCAUGGUUCCGAAGAUACUUUCCAGAAGUUCUACAGCUCAUCGGUGAAGACGACAUCGUACAUGAUCUCAUGUGCAACCCGAGAAGCCCCUUAAUAUCUAUUAAAGCUAACCCCUACCAUUACAAAGAUCGGGCAAUAAUUCUGGGUGAUGCUGCCCACUCGAUGGUGCCAUUCUACGGUCAAGGAUUGAAUUGCGGCCUCGAGGAUGUACGAAUACUUUCGUCACUGAUGCUAUCCGGGGCCGUAGACCCCACGGCCUCCAUCGAUCAGUUGGUGGGCUCGGAGGAUCCUGCGCUUUCUAGGGUCCUGGAAGAAUAUACUCAAUCGCGCCACCAGGACCUUGUCGCUAUCUGCGACUUGGCCAUGGAGAACUACGUCGAGAUGAGACAUUCCGUCACCACUCCGAGUUACCGUUUAAGGAAGGUCACUGAUGGAUGGCUUUCACAAUUGUUUCCUUCCUCCGCCGCACCGAUGGAACAACUCAUGCAGCCUCAAUCGUCGGCGAGCGAAGCAGCACGCCAGUUCCCCAGUGGUUGGCUCUCACUGUACACGAUGGUCACAUUCCGUCCUGACAUUCCGUACGCAAUCGCUAAGGAGAAAUCGGACUGGCAGCGCAAGCUCUUCGACCGCGCUGGGCUGACGGCAAUGAUCGGGCUCGUUGGAUUGGUCGGAUUUUGGGCCAUCCGCACCGGCAAACGGUGAAUCUGCAUCUCCAUUCCUGCCGAAAAUCCUAUGGGCAAUCAGAGGUAAGGCACAGCAAAUCGAAGAGGAUAAUAACUAUGUAUAGCAGAUACAGCACACGCCCCCGUCUUUCACGCAAUUUACUCGGGUAUUCUAAAGAGAAUAAUAUUGUAAAUGCAAAUUGAACGCUAUAUCUGAUGUAGU